UUGACUGAGAGUCAGCAGUCAGAAGUGCUACAAUUUGAUAGGCAUCACGCUGCUUAUCACACCGCUCUAUCACACGUUACACGUAUAGUUAAUUGCAUGCUCACCAGUCUUUUCUUCACUUAGUAGAUUAUUUCCCAACUCUCCACACUAGAUCUUAGGGCCUAGCAUCAUUUACUGCGACCAACUGCAGGUCUCAACAGGUGAAAGUAAUUUCUACAUAUAUCUACUCCAAAUACCAUUCUCAUAGCAUUUUGCAUCCCAACUUCAAAGUCUGUAAUACCAGAUGAAAGAACAAGCAGCGAGAAUUCUUUUUGGAAAGCUGCAAAUACUGAUUGAUAGGCUGUUUCUGUUUCUGACGUCAUAAAAGCAAAUGCGAUCGGAUCAAACUCUUCAAAUUAAUUUCAUAAAUCCAAAAGAGUACACCGUCAAGGACAACCCUAAACUUCUUCCAUAACGUUUAUAACAAAGGUACUUUGCUUCUGAUUAGCUGCAACUCUCCAAAAAUGACAAAAGAAAAAAUCACUUUGAGAAGCUUAAGGACAAUGGCGAAUCUGGAUGAGGUAAAAAUGGUCUGGAAAAUGGCGGAUGCAGUUUGCUUUGAUGUCGACUCUACCGUCAUUCAAGAGGAAGGAAUCGACGAGCUGGCUAAAUUUUGUGGCAAGGGUGACCAAGUUGAGAGUCUCACAAAACAAGCCAUGCAAGGCAACAUGACGUUUCAGCAGUCAUUAACAGUGAGGCUUAACAUUAUUAAACCGAAUCUAAAUCAGAUAAAGGAAUUCAUACUAACACAUCCACCAAAAUUGACGUCCGGAAUCAAGUAA